CAAGCCAGUCAUCAACUCAGUUCACCAGGAAGUUUUAAAAUAAUUUGUUUUUUUAAAUUGGGAUGUGAUUAUAUAUUUGCCAGUUGAAUACUUGACAGUCAGCUGGUCAUGUCAACUCUGUACAUAUAGCGGCAGGCUGCAUUUGAUGGACAACACAGGCACCAUUAAUUUAGUCAAGUCUGAUCAUGGACCCCCGUACCAGUGCCCAGGACGUGAUGCGAUGUGACCUUUGUAAAACCGCUGUGGUAGAAAUGCACUGUGAUACUUGUCUUGUCAACCUGUGUAAGGCCUGUGUAGGAGAACACAUGAUAUCUGAUGAAUCAAAAAAUCAUGAAAUUGUACGAUUUAUUCUUAGAAAAACUACACCCAUUUACCCUGUUUGCAAAACUCAUGUCAAAGAACGAUGUGAAAUGUACUGUAAGUAUUGCGACAUUCCUAUGUGUGUCACCUGCCUUGCUUCCGAUCAACAUCUAGGUCAUAAAUUAUUAAAAAUCUUACAAGUUCUUAAUGAAAAGAAGGUUACGAUCAAAAAAGAACAAAUUGAGCUAAAUGAGACAAUAUACCCAACCUACCAGGACAUUGCCUCUGAUGUACAAAACAGAAUGAGUCAGUUAGAAAAGGAAUAUGGAGAUCUCUCAACAGCCAUAACGAAACAUGGAGAGGACUGGCACAGAGAAAUUGACAAACUUGUCAAGAAACUUAAAGCUGAAGUUGAUGAGAUGAAAAACACACAGUUACAAACUCUACAGAAACAUCUGGGUAAAAUAAAAAAGAACAUUUCUGAAAUCAAGAAUAUGUUGGAGUUAAUUAAUACUGCUAUGGAAUCCAAUGAAAUUUCAAAACUAUUCAGCAUAACAACUGAUAUAGAUAAACACAGAAAUCUUCCGGAGAAAAUAGAGCCCUCCUUACCAAAAUUUACUCUAGCAAGAAUGCAAAGAGAAAAACUUGUUAAAUUCUUUGGCACCUUAUCAUCAAGUUCUUUGACUUCUGACAAACAUGGCUACAGCAUGAAGACAACACAGAAAUUACCAGAAGCUGGAUCCUCUCCUCCAGUCAAACAGCUGCUUGAUGAACCAGAGACUGUCACCACCAUAAGCACUGGGUAUAACAAAGCUGGACCCUCUCCUCCAGUCAAACAGCUGCUUGAUCAACCAAAAUGUGUCAUUUCCGCAGUCACAGGGUAUGAGAGGCUUUAUUAUGUAGCCUGUCUGAGAAAUGAAGAAAUCUGGGCAAGUGGAAACGAUAAAACCAUGAAGCUUUUCAGCUUCACUCAACGAUCGCUACUCAAGUCAAUCAGAACCAAGUCAGGGAACGAACCAGAGGGCUUAACAGUGACAAAAAGUGGAGAUCUGGUUUAUAUUGAUGAUAGCGAUAGAACUGUGAACAUUGUGAAAAAUGAGAAGAUAGAGGAGGUGAUCAGACUACAGAACUGGGAACCUCUUGGUGUCUGUAGUACCUCAUCUGGUGACCUCCUGGUUGUCAUGGACACCUAUGACAACAAACAAUCAAAGGUUGUCCGUUACUAUGGCUCCACAAAGAAACAAACCAUUCAGUUUGAUGAUGAAGGUAAACCACUUUAUUCAUCAUCAAGAAGUAUUUUUUUAAUUGAAUAUAAAUACAUCAGUGAGAACAGGAACCUGGAUAUCUGCAUGUCUGACAGUGGAGCUAAAGCAGUAGUGGUGGUCAAUCAGGCCGGGAAACUGAGAUUCAGGUACACUGGACAUACUCCUGCUCCAAAGAAUGAACCAUUCCGUCCAGUAGGAAUCGCCACAGACAGUGAAAGUCACAUCCUUACAGCUGAUUAUAACAAUGAUUGCAUCCACAUCAUAGACCAGGAUGGACAAUUCCUUCGCUAUAUAAAUUGUACUCUUAGUAACCCCAUGGGACUUUGUACAGAUACAAAUGACACUAUGUUUGUAGCCCAGUGUGAAGGAAAAGUGACGAAAAUCAAAUAUUUACAGUGAAACCACAACUAAUGCAUUUAAGAUCAUUGGCAACGAAGGGUUUCCGGAGAAAAAAGGUUUAUACCCAGGUUUUUUCACUUAUGAAAAAAAGUCAUUGAGAGUGAUCUCCCGUAUGAAAUUCUCUAGACGCUGAAAACAAAUAAAGCAUAUGUUACAGUCUGAGAGGUAAACAAAAGCACGUGUGUUUUUUUUAUCGGAUAUAUUCAACUCUACAGUACUAAAAGAAAAGCAGCAAUGGGUUUGUUUACAUUGUGUUGAGGGGGCAGACAGUUAACAGGUUGUCAUUUAGAAUAGGUAAAUGAAUGCUGGAAGUGGAAGGUGCAAAGAUGUGAAAUAAUUAUGCUGAAAGUGUUGAUUGCUAGGUGGAACG